GUCGACUGCAUCAACCUCGCGUGAGAGUUGACUUGACUCUGAAUCGGCUCGCGCACCGCCAUAACCCCGGCUGCCCAUCUUACCACUUCACCGGAACUGGCGAACUGCCGUGCGACUAGGUGUAACAACUCUACUGCGGCCCUUGACGUAUAUUGAAGAGACGGUACGGCAUAGCUGCAGCGCUUGCAGCGGGGGGAGUCGAGCCAUCAUCACAAUCUACAAUCACUAGGUUUUGGCGUCGGAUUGCGCACGUCGACUUGAGAAGUGCGGUUAGCUUCGGCAAGAGAGUAAUUUAAGAGGAGCAAUGUGUUGGAGAAGAACAAGGUAGCCGGGCCCGUCCAGAGAGUGUUGGGAUUUUCCUUGGGUCUCCGUAGGACUUGCCUGUCUUUACCGAAUAUCAGCCACUCCAUCAAUGGGCAACACCAAUGGCAAACCCGUUGUCCUCACUGACGAGGUCAACCUCAAUCACUUCCGCCUACUGCGAGUGGUGGGCAAAGGGGCGUUUGGAAAAGUGCGAAUUGUGGAAAGCAAGGAUACGGGCUUGACGUUCGCGCUCAAGUACAUACGGAAGGAUGAAGUGGUACGGUCGGAGAGUGUGCGCAACAUCAUACGGGAGCGGAGGAUGCUGGAACAUCUGAACCAUCCGUUUCUGUGCAAUCUGCGGUACAGCUUUCAGGACAUGGAAUAUCUGUACAUUGUGCUAGACCUGAUGAACGGGGGUGAUCUUCGCUUCCACAUUACACGAAAAACCUUCACUGAAGAAGCAGUCCGUUUCUGGAUUGCCGAACUAGGCUGUGCGCUAAGAUACAUACAUCGGCAGCGCAUCGUGCAUAGAGAUGUGAAGCCUGACAAUGUACUCCUGGAUUCGGAAGGCCACGUGCAUCUGGCAGACUUCAACGUAGCGUCCGACUAUACCCCCAACAAGCCACUAACCAGCAAGUCCGGAACCUUGGCCUACCUUGCGCCUGAGGUCUAUGCAGGGAGAGGCUACGGUCCAGAGGUGGAUUGGUGGUCGCUUGGCGUGCUCUUCUACGAAUGUAUCUACAACAAGCGACCAUUCGAAGCAAACCAUCAGGAGCAGCUCGGGCAGUCGAUCAUCAAGGCCGAGCCGCCAUUUCCGGUCACGAUGCCACCAGUCUCAAUGCCUUGUCUGCAUGCUAUAAGCUCCCUACUAGAAAAGGACAGAGCACAGCGCAUUGGGGCUGCAGGUUUCCGGACGUUUACCGACAACCCAUUCUUCAGAGAGAUCGAUUUUGAGAUCCUCGAAGCGAAGGGGGUGGAGCCGGUAUUCUGCCCGUCUAGCGAGAAGACAAACUUUGAUGCUACGUACGACUUGGAGGAACUGCUUCUUGAAGAGGCGCCACUGGAGGCACGGGCACGGAAGCAGAAGCCUCGUGCAGAGCUGAGAGAUGACGCAACACCUCAGGAGAUCAGGGCCGAUGAGCUGCACAGGAUGAUUGAAACGAUGUUCGAGCCGUUCAACUAUACUCUGGCGCCGGAGUCAAGGAGUCCUGUCACCACGACCGCAUCGCCAGCUUCAGCGUCCGCAUCGUCCCCAAGGCGAUAUGCGCGCAGCGAAAGGGACAGAUCUGCCGAAAACACAAGCCAGCAACGACACCGACAGCCAGAGACAUCACGCUCAAUACCAACGCCUAGGUCACAGACGCCGGGAAGUAGUUCCAGAACACUAUCCACGACUCACACACCUGACGGAUCGCCGCCUUUACCCGCGGCCGCGUUAACUACAAACUUCGCAGUUCCACCCACGUCACACCCGCAGUCUGACUACCUCCCAUCCGUCACCUCACAUCCCUCGGUGCCACACGUACCAGGAUCAUCGCACCAGCUUGCGGAGCUCCCAAGAUUACAGCAAACGCGCACUGUCCGCUACGAGGACACAAUAUCACCAACAAUGACCUCGUCAUCGCAAGUGAGGUCGCACAGGCCGAGAGGCAGCACGAGAAGCACAUCCAUGGGCGGUGGCGUGCAGGUUGUGCUGAACGAGCAAGGCAGCUGGAGCGAAAUGGCGAAUGCCAGUCAAGGCAUGGUUACUCCUGGGAGUGAGCAGAAGUUUGAUAGGCCAAACGGCAUGCUCGGCUUCCUCGGGAGGAAGAAGGGACGAGACAGGAGUCCAAAGGGGAAACCAAAGGAGAGAGGUGUAAUUGGAAAAGAAGGCGCUCGCGUCGUUAUCAGUCACGGCUGAAGCACACGAUCAUGGAUGGUGUCAGUGGAUUGAUGGAAAUUACGGGAUGGUGUCUAGUGGAUUGAUGAGCGAUCAUGCUUGAUCAUGAAGGCUUACGACGAUGCACUGACAGGGACCAAGGCGAUCACGUGCAGCAGGUAGAUUGAGGGCAAGGAGAGCUUUGCAGACAAGAGCACAUGAAGCUCGGGAUGGCAGAAGCUACUUUCGACCACCCCUGGACGCCCUGCUGCGGCGACAGUAAUGGCGAAACCACAGGCCUCAUCUAUGACCCGGUUUACUGCACGAGCAAAGCAACCAGCUUCCGCCAAUCGCAGGUCUCAUUUUCUGGAAUGCAGAACUGGCUGCUGUUAUUGCAUUAACAAGGCCGUUCUGCCUGAAUAAGGCGCGUCGAUUAGACAUGCACGAGGCUGCUUGAAGCAUGCAUCCCGAAGGA